AUGGAAGUCCCAGAUCUUUCGCAGAUCGACGAUGAGGAGGUCUUGACUCUGGUGCUUCUCGACUCGACGCAUCCGCAGAUUUUGAGAUCUGUGGAAAAGAUCAAAGACCGCCUUGUUGCAAUUGCUUCCCCCUCCACCCAGGCGGACUCCACCGCCGCAAACAGCAGCAGCAGCAGCAGCAGCGGCAGCAGCAGCAGCAGCAACAGCAGCAGCAGCAGCAGCAGCAGCGAGGAAAAGGAAGGCGAAGAUUUUAAGUGCGGCCGCAAAGAUGUGGAGGCGCUGCUGAAGAGGGCCAAGGCGGUGGUCGAUUCUUCUUUGAAGUUGACAUUUGAACUUGAUGAAAUGUCGUUCAAAGCGAUGAAUCCCAUCUGGGGAGCCGAGAAGAGCGUCCGCCAGUCGCGGAAAUUUCUUGUGCAGCUUCUUGAGAAAGUAACGAGUCGAGGGGAAUCCGUCAUUCUGUUUCUCUCCUCCGUCUUGGACAAACUUCCCUCCCCUCCCUCCCCUCCGCCUUCUCCUCCGCGACUUCUUCCAAAAGAAGAAGAUUCGAAAGAAAUAAAACAAAGCGAAGGCGGCAGAGGCAGAGGCAGGGGGCUUUUAAUGGCCGGCAGAGGCCGCGGAGUGCCCCUGGCUCGGGGCUCCGGCGUGGGCAUUUCGCCUUCGUUUUUAAGUUCUGAAAGCGAGGGUUUGGGCUCUCCGUCGCAUUUGCUGUCAAGCAAAGAAGAGGGCGGAGAGGAGGGGCCCCGGGGGCCCCGCAAACACGAGAGGGAUUUGAGUCCCGAGGAAACUCAGAGGCGGUGGAAGAAGAAACAACCCUCCAAUGUGGACUGGAUGCUCAAGUGCAAAACCAAACUUCUCGAACUCAAAGAAAGAACUGCGAAAAAGGCAGUUUCCGACGUUUUCAUGACAGAAAGGACGCUGCCAGAGACAAUAUCUUUCAUAGAUCACAACGCGACCAAACUUGAGGCGGUCGCUGCGAAGAAUCCGUCAGCAUUUGCUGCAGAAGACCGCCGCGUCUUCAUGCAAAGCAUCGAGUCCUACAUUGCGGGACUAGAGAGAGCGUUGAUGCUGCUCGCUAAAGAGACGCUGAACAAAAGACAACUAAUGAGCCUCUUUGACAGCGCGCUGAAGGUCGAGCGGCUCACCACGCCUUCUGAACUCUUGACGGAAAUGCGCAGCAUCAUAUCGCUUUUGAACACCUUCGCCUACAUGCCGAAAAUGGACGACGACGACUGA